CAGAUUAAUCUUCAAUGAAUUUGAACGAGUGACUGAUCAAGCCCGAUUUCCUACUCUUUGCAAUACCGGUAAAAACCAGAAAUUGAGCAUUAUAUAUGGCCGCAGCGUAGAAAAUUUCGAGCAUCGUCUGAACGCAUAGGGAAGUCAAAUGAAUGCAAGAAGCUUGUGCUUGGCUAUAAAAAAUGCUUCUUCACCUGAAAAGGCUUUACAUCUUUACACUCAAUUGCAACGUUGGGCAUAUAAUUUCGAUAGUUUCUCUGUUGUUUACACUCUUAAAGCCUGUACUAAAUUAAAAAACCCAACUCUCAUACGCCACCUUCAUACUCAUCUUUUCAAGUGGGGUUUUGGUUCUGAUGUUUAUGUAGCAACUGCAUUGUUAAACGCCUAUGUUUAUUCCUCAUUUUCUGAUGCAUGCCACCUGUUUGAUGAAAUGCCUGAGAGAAAUACUGUCACUUGGAAUACGAUGAUUACUGGGUAUUCAAGAGUAGGUGAUGUUGAGAAAGCCCGGGAUGUUUUUGAGACAAUGCAGGUGAGGGAUCUUGCUUCUUGGAGUGCUAUGAUUGCGGGGUACAUGAGUUGUGGGCGGUGGAGUAGAGGGUUGAUGCUUUUUCGAAAAAUGGUGGCGAAAGGGAGGCUGAUGCCUGAUCAGUAUAUGUUGUGUUCGAGUAUAAUGGCGUGUGGCCAUAUGGGUUCGAUUGGGUUGCUUUUGGGAAAAUCGCUUAAUGGUUUUGCUGUGAAGAAUGGGUGGAUACUUAGUGUGGAACUUGGCACGGUGCUGGUUGAUAUGUAUGCGAAGUGUGGACGCUGGAAGGAUGCUUAUGUGAUUUUUGAGAUGAUGCGGGAUAGAAAUGUUAUUUCUUGGACAGCAUUGAUCUGUGGGGCUGCGCAACAUGGGUAUGGGGAUAAAGCGUUAUCUAUAUUUAAUGAGAUGAUAAGAACAGAGGUGAAACCGGAUGAGCUGACUUUUACUGGGAUUCUUAGCGCUUGUGCACAAGCAGGAUUGGUAGAAGAAGGCUGGAAUUACUUUAGGAUGAUUUCGGAAUGUGGUUUGAAGCCAAGAAUUCAGCAUUAUGGUUGCAUGGUUGAUUUGUUAGGAAAAGCAGGGAAAGUAGGAGAAGCUUUUGAAAUCAUUGAAACAAUGCCAUUUGAACCGAAUGUGUUGGUUUGGAGUUCUUUCCUGUCAUCUUGUAAACUUCAUAAGCAGUUUGAGAUGGCAGAGAGAGUGGUUGAUCGUAUUCUUCAGAGUGUUCAUCCAGAUAAUCAUGAAGGGGUGUAUACACUUAUCUGUAAUCUGUAUGACCUGAAUGGAAAGUGGAACGAAGCUGAAAAGGUGAGAAAGCUUAUGGUGGAUCAUAAUGUGAAGAAGCCAAGAGGAUCUAGCUUCAUUAGUAGUGGAAGACUGGAAGGAGCCAAGAAUCAAGAUGAUCCAGUUUAAAGACAAAUUUUGUAAUCAGUUGAAAAUUGGAUGGGAGAUUGGUUGUUUGGGAUAAGGAGUUCUAGAAUUUCGUAAAGGUAGUCAAAACUCAAAACGUUUGAUAGGUGAAUAAAUAUUUAAUUUACAUA